AAAUAAAAUUCGCAAAGUCCGAGGAAGGAUGUGAUAUAUACUGGUUGUGAACAUGACAUUGUAUUGUGUCAAUUAACGUUAAAGAAUCGUUACAGGAUGGAUCAGAUUCCCCGUGUAUCAGACGUCCUGUAUGUGGGGGUGUGUCGUAAGAUAGGGACACCAACAGAAGUGACCUUCAGAAGGGAUCUGUGGGACACGGGGGAGAUGAUACGGAAACCUUCACAGUUAUAUAAAGGAUUGAGAAAGAUGCUGAGUGGUAGUCGUAAGGAGGGAUUUAGGUUUAAAUCAUCUGACUUUGAUUUCAUGCAGUGGUACCUUGAUCAUAAGGUGAUAUGUGAGAUGUCUCAGUCAACGUUUUAUCAUCCACCCAGACAUACACUUAUCUAUAUGGAGACCUCUGAUACUCCCCCGGGAUUCGCCAGAUUACAACUACUCACACCGUCAAAUAAAGAAAUUGUCAUGUCAUCACUGUUGGAGAGAAAUAAUACUGAAUACAUUUCAUGUUCAUUACUCAGGAUGAGGUUACAUCAGGCAUUGAAAGGAUUUAAUCCAGCCAUUGAAGGUGAAAACCUGCACGGUCCAUGUCACAACUACACUUAUCUAUCUAUAGAGACUGAUUUCGCGCUGUGUUUCCAUUCCCGUCAUUGGCCAUUACCAGCCCUUCCCUGGGUUGAUAGAUGUUUGACUCGCGCAUGGCCAUCGCGUAGUGUACUGCAAUCAAUUAUUGAUGUAGGAUUUCAUCUUGUUCCUAUCGCAAACAGACAGACACAUGACAAUUUAGACUUGGAAUGGAGAAUUUCUUUUUCACAAGCAGAGCAAAAGCUAGUGUACUCUAUGAACCAUUGCCAGUUUCUCUGUUACGGAAUUAUGAAAAUAAUUCUGAAGGAAGUGAUUUCUGACGAAUUACUGUGUUCGUAUUUUAUGAAAACAAUAUUAUUUUGGAGAAUUCAAGAGAGCUCUUCAACUUUAUGGUUACCAUCAACAUUACUUCAACAUGUGUGGUUUUGUUUCAAAUCAUUGAUGCAGUGUGUAUAUACCGGUUACCUUCCAAAUUUCUUUAUUCCGGAGAACAACAUGUUUGCAGGAAAAGUUGUCGGGGCGCAACAAAAAUUCCUGUAUCAAAAGUUAGAAAGAUUUUACAAAAUGGGCGUUGCCUUCCUCCUACAUAGUCCCACUCUCAGAGAGAUUCUGAUCCCGGCCGUCUCCGAUCCAUACUUUGUAAUGCCGACAGGGGAAAGGUACCUCAAGUCAGAAAUAGAUAUCGAUAUUGCUUUUGAUGGUGGAAGUUUUAGUUGUAGAAGUAUGGUCGUUGUAUCGGAUUUCCUUUCAAACAUGAUUCAUUUAAACGUAAUAGAUCAGUUAUUCUCAACCUGUCAGAAUGUUGUAUUCCAUAAUAUGUUGAUAAGUGUGCUUGAAUCAACUUCCAUGUCACUAAAAGCACAGUGUUUGUUUGUGUCUAAGAGAAAGAGAUACACAAUUGAUAGGUCAAUAAUUCACAUGUUAGAUCUAGUUUCAAAGUUAGGUUGUUUAUCUGAUGGUUUAUAUUUAGCGUUAUACUUGUACGACACCGGUAGAUAUCAAACAGCGCUAGCUGUCACAGAUACAGUGAAGCAGAGACUCUCACAGUCCCAUAUCAUGUAUUACGAUACAGUAGACAGACAGAGAUACAGUGAGGCGGUAGGUGGUCAGUCUAUGUUAACUAAGUUUAGGAAGGCUUGGGCAAGAGAUAUUAGUUUCAAUGCAAACUUUACCUUUAUUGAAGAAUUAAGGUUGGAACAAGAAGUCUGUAAAAUGAACGGACUGGGGUAUUUAUAUUUAUCUCCCUUUGUGACCGUGCACAUGUUAUCUGUCCUAUGUCACUACAGACUAGGUAACAGGUCACAAUAUCUACAGGCACUGACAGACCUACACACCCUACUGCUCUAUGAUGAUGGCAGAUACGCACUUUUAUACACGAGGGACCUGUCCUGGCAGAUACUGGGGAUCUGUCAACAUGUUGUGGGGGACUUGCACGGGGCGUUACAGUCUUAUCAAGAGUCACUUAGACAGAUACCGCGCCACAAAAUACAGAUAGCCACGGAAACUAGACUUAAUUUUGUUCAAUCACAAUUAAGGAUGAACAGUACUCGAAUAGUGACGUAGAAGAAUUAUGUUACGUGUAAAAACAACCAGACACAGUUUAGUAACUAGCGAUUCAGAUUAAAUGGGGACAAGAUAGCUUAUUGCAUGAAUAUGAAUAGAACGUUUUUUUGAAUGUUCAGUACACAAUUUUGUUUAUAUUUCAUCGCAUAUAAUUAUAAUAGAGACGUCGGAUUCUGUUCCAGUAGAGAAAAUAGCGUGUGAUGCCGGACAAUGUCGUUUGUUAUGACUUACACAAAUCCCUGUCUUGUAGUCAUAUCUUUAAUUGUCUUUCCAAAUACAUCUUUGUCUCUCGUUGAUUACAUUUCCAUUGAUGUGAAUGUAACGUAUUACGCAAAUAAAGGAUUAUUAUUUUGA